UACUGACUGGGCCAUCAGUGGCUUAUCUGCGGAGAUCGGACGGGUUCCGGAGCCUUUCACUGUGUAUGGCCCUUGUUAUAAUGGAGCUUUGACGACAAGAGUUGUGGCUAUGACUUGUAUUAUUAAAUAUGUUUUCGUUGACUUG